AUGAUAUUCACCGUUGAAACACAUAUUAGCGGUUUAAUGCUCCGACCACGACCUUUCAUUCUUCAAAGGCUUUAUCGCAAGUUUGGGAUUAGCUACACGAGACAGCAACUGCAAUGGAUAUAUAAGGAGCUCUCACAGAAGCCAGCUACUGAGCGCCCAAGUUCAACUGGUUUGAUUUACCGCUUGUUGAAGGACGAACCAUUGGCGUAUGUUCUUGGGACGCAGCCGUUCGGUCCUCUUACUCUGCGAGUUUCUGCUCCUGUCCUGAUUCCUCGACCAGAGACUGAGGAAUGGACAUUUGAGCUUCUUCAUCGGAUAUCAGCCUCUGAUAACUUCAAACAAGCCUGGAGCAUGCUGGAUAUCUGCACAGGCAGCGGAUGCAUCCCGCUUCUCCUUCUCGACGAAUGGCCACAGGAUCGCUUGGGGCCCAUUCGUGCAUAUGGAGUGGAUACAUCUGAUCGCGCUAUCUCCCUUGCAAGAGCAAACGCGGUCUCGAAUCGGGUUCGAAGGCAGUCCCAUUCUUCCACUCGACCGUCCAAUCCGAAUCCAAUAUCUGGUAUCACUUUCGAGGCGAACAAGCUGGAUGUAACCUCGUCUAUGUUCGAGACAUGGGCCAAGGAGCACGGACCAUUCGAUAUCGUCACUGCCAACCCGCCGUACGUGACCACGGCGGAGUGGCAUACCCUUCCUGCCUCUGUAAAAGAAUACGAGGAUAAAGGGGCACUGGUUGGAGGGGAUGACGGGCUCGUCUUCUAUACCCGAAUCGCGCAUCUCGUCGCAAAGGGAAACCUCCUUCGUCCGAGCGGAUGGUUAGUUGUAGAGAUUGGUGCUUCACAAGGAGAAAUCGUCAAAGGGCUACUCGAACGUGUCAUUGGUCUAGAGGGCAUUGAGACCAAAACGAAGACAAAAGCGAAACGGCGCUAUCUCAAGGGCAAAAAGGAGAGAAGAAAGCAGCGAAAAGCUUUUGUAAAUGCAAACAAACCCAAGACCGCGCAUAAUGAGGACUCAGAAUGGGACUCAGAAGAAAUAAUAGAUGGAGGUGAUCAAUCAGCUGCACUGCAACAGCCAGUAGAUGGAGUCAAAACGAGACCACCUCGCGUAGAGGAUGAAGACGAUGACGCUGGAGAGGCGGAGAACAAGAAGAAAAGAAAGAAAGAGAAAAAGGAGAAGCGACCGAAAAAGCGCAGAAAAGAGGACAUCGUUGAGCCAGAGGACAGGAUGGAUAUCGACAAUGUUCUUGAAGAGGAACGGACGGUUGAUGAAGUGCAUCCCCCGAAAGAAGAUGAACGAGUUGUGAUACCGUCCUUUCCACUCCCUUCCCAGCCUUUACCGGUAUCAAAGGUGGAAGUCAUACGACAAGGAAUGGAUGCCGCCAUGCUUCAAGCGGAAAUUGUAGACGCCUCCGUUACAGAGAGCCUGGAUGUCGAAAAUGGCAAUGUGCGGAAACGACUGAGCUCACGAAUGCUGAGACGGCUUGCCGACUUGGGAAUCAAAGAACUGUUUGCUGUUCAGACAGUUCUUCUUCCAUUCCUACUGCCAGAAGAUUUAGAGCAAUCUAUGCUUUACCAACCGUCUCACCCACCCAGAGAUGUUUGUGCGUCUGCUCCCACAGGCAGUGGCAAAACACUGGCCUAUGCAAUCCCAAUCACCGAGAUGCUCUCGACUCGCAUCGUUACCCGACUGAGGGCUCUUGUUGUCGUCCCUACUCGAGAUCUAGUCCAACAAGUUCGCGAGACAUUCGAGGCAUGCGGCAAGGGCACCAAACUUCAGAUCGGCAUCGCAACUGGACAGCAUUCUUUUGCACAUGAGCAAGCACAGAUCGUAGGGGAUAUCUCUGAGAGGUCUUUGGGUGGUCGAAGUCGAGUGGACAUCCUCAUAUGCACGCCAGGACGAUUGAUAGACCAUAUAAAUGGGACUCCAAAUUUUACACUUCAACACCUACGGUUCUUAGUUAUCGAUGAGGCGGAUCGACUUCUCAAUCAAUCAUUCCAAGAGUGGCUCAAGCAAGUUCUCAACGCCAUCAGCCUACCAUCCCCGAAUGGCCCACGUCUGUCCGAAGGUGAUCGUUCUGAAUUGUUCCCCGUGCCCGAUGGCAUUGCUCCAACCUGGCUGUCCGCCUUAGUUCCGACCUCCCCUACGGAUAUUGAUGAAGCACCACGCUCAUCGUGCCAGAAAUUACUUUUCUCUGCCACUCUUACUCGGGACCCUGCCAAGAUUGUCGAGCUACAACUUCGAGAUCCAAAAUAUUUUAUCGUCAAGGGAAUAUCUGCUAGUCAAGAAGUGGGAGACGCAAUGGACGUCAACGUUACGCACGUCGAAUCUUUUGAGACGCCAGGGACACUACGUGAAUGGAUGAUCGUUUGCGAAUCAAUCAACAAACCUCUACUUUUAUUCUACCUCGCACACAAGCAACAAAUCUCGGAUAUGCUCGUCUUUACCAAGUCUGCGGAGUCGACCACCAGGUUACUACGUCUACUUGGGUACUUCGAGGAUGCAAUGGCAGAAAGGGAAGUCGGAAGCAAGAAAAUUAUAGCAGAGGCCUUCUCGAGUGACCUCGCACCAUCACAGAGGAAGACUGUGCUUGAAAAAUUCAAGGCAAAACAGAUUGAUAUGCUUAUUUGUUCCGACUUAGUCUCUCGAGGUAUCGAUAUUCCGCACGUGUCACACGUCGUUAACUACGACAUACCGGUCGACGUUCGCAAAUAUAUCCAUCGUGUUGGACGAACUGCCCGAGCGGGCCGAGAAGGCGACGCCUGGUCCCUAGUUGAGGAACAAGAGAUGCAUCAUUUCAAGUUGAUGAUGAAGGAAGCACACCAUUUGCACGCCUUGAAGAAGAAGAAGGUGAAAUCCGAGGACCUCUCAGGUCUUGUGGAUGUAUAUCAAGUCGCUCUGGGACGAAUGAAAGUUCACUACGACAGAGGCCCUCAGGCCUAG